AUGGAAGAACAGCUUAUAUCGAAGGCCGUUCGCGAAGGCGUACCAUGGGACCAGCUACCGAAACGAGCGAAGCUCUUUCUUGGCUCGAACGAAGAAUACAUUAGACGCAUCAAGGAGCAUUGCUUUCAGCUGCGGCUGCGCUGGCCCGACAGUCCCGCACGCCUGGUGUGUCGCGAGGUGGACUACUACAACGAGCUCAUCGCCCACGGCAGGAAGACCCAAGCCCCGUUCCCGUACCACCUGGCGGACUACAUUUGCCGUGUGCUGCGCAUCUCCCCCUUCCGCUACUACAGUGACCUGCUGCUCGAUGUCAUGAAGCAAGAGAAGUCGUAUGACACGAUUCCCAACUUCACAGCGGCGGACGCGCUGAGGGAGACGGGCAUUGGGCGCAACCAGUUCAUCGACAUCAUGAACCGCGCCCGCGCCAAGGUGCGCGCUCUCAUGCACUCACACCCUUGCUCUUGCCAUCUUGCACUCAUGCACCCAUGCACUCACGCCCUUGCUCUUGCCAUCCUGCACCCAUUGAAGGACAUGCUGCCGCUGGACCCCGUGCCCUUCCCCAUCCAGCCCUGGUGGCUCGUCUGCCUCGUCAACCUUACCGCUGACGAGUACAGGAGGCUGACGGAGGAGGAGCUGAGUGUGAUAGAGCGGGGGGGGCACGAGGGCGACUGCAUGGCGGGCGAGUUCGACGACGACCUUGUGCGCGCGCUGUACUGCAAGGGGCUCGUGUACCUCGACGUGCCCGUCUACCCCAACGACCGAUUCCGCGGUACCAACGACCUGGUUGGUUUUGAUUCAUGCCUGCACCGCCCCCCCUGCCUCAUAGACGCUGAUGCCGAUAAAUCUCUACCCCUCCAUCCUCUGCGCCCUCCUUCCUCUGCGCCCUCCUUCCUCUGCGCCCUCCUUCCUCUGCGCCCUCCUUCCUCUGCGCCCUCCGGCCUUGCGGUCCUUCUCCCCCCCCCACGGAGUGCAGUGUCGUCGCUGGAGGGCUUCGUGUCCAACAGAAACCAGCAAGGCGAGGAUGCCUCUGAAAAGCUGCUCUACUCCCUGUUCGUCACAGCCAGUGAGCAGGCCACAGUGCACGAGAUGGCGCUCACACUGCAAGCUGACGUGCGGCAGCUGGGCGCAGCCAUCUCGCUGGCGUGCCGCCUGGGGUGGGCUGAGAAGGUGCUCGACCUGCACUCCCUGCUCGACCACAUCGACAUGGGCGCGGAUGCAGACACAGGCGACGGGGCCCCGGGCAGCGAGGGGUUCGGUGUGGGAGACGGGGGGGUGGGCGCGGGGACGGGGGGAGGGGAGGGGGGGUUGGAGGGGGCUGGAGGAGGACAGGUGGUGGGGUGGAAGAAGGUGGAGUCGGUGGCGUGGGGGGAUGGCGGCGGUGCGGAGCGGUUGAGGAUAGCGCUGAUGGUGGACGCCAACCUCACGUCCUUCCUCAUGAUGGGCUCCUUCUCCUACGAGUUGAAGCAGCAUGCAGUGACGCUAUUCGAGGCAGGCAAGCUAUCAGAAAGGAGUGUGGCGGAGCUGUGCGGUGAGCUGCGGGCGGUGGAGAAGACGCAGCUGGAGGGCGAGCUGCAGAAGUUCACGGACCACGCCUUCAGCCUGCGCUACGCCCUCUCCUGCCUCCGCACCGGCACCAUCGAUAUCACCUCCGCCCUCCACACCCCCCCCCUGCUUCUGCCACCGCCUCCACCGCAGCAGCUAUCGCACCGCCCCAACCCCCCCCUCGCUCUUCGCCCUCCAUCCCUCCCUGACUCUGUCACUGCAUCACAAGCCACCUCCUCGGAUGCGAAAUCUACUGAUGCACCUGAUGCUGCUGCUGGCACCACAGCGGCAGGCUUGGGCCCAUCGAGGCUGCAGGAGAAGCCGCUGCCCCCGCGUGCUGCAUCGUACCCCGCACUGCCAGCAGCAGGGGCACGUGAUGACGACGGCUCCUCCUCCCCUGCCGCCCCUCCGCCUCCCGCUCCUGCCACACCUGCUUCCACCGUACCACCAUUACCACCAUCAUCGUCAUCAUCAGCAGCAGCAGGGGCAGCAGCAGCAGGGGCAGCAGCAGCAGCAGCAGCAGGGGCAGCGCGGGCGACGUUCAAUCGGGUGGAGUUGCUGCGAACGGAGAGCCUGCAGGGGCUGGCGCCAGCGACGCUGCACCGCCUGCUGCGCCGCGACUUUGACCUCGUCGUCUCCAUCGUGCCCCUCCCCAAGCCCCUCAACGCCGUCGUCCCUGACGGCUCCGGCCCGGCGCACUUCGGCCCGCCCGCGCCCGCCUUCCUCUCGCCCUGGGCCAAGCUGUUUCUUUACGCGAAAACUGCCUCGGGUCCGGUGUCUGUGGUGCUCAUGCGCGGGCUCAGGCUCAGGCUGCUGCCGCCACCGCUGGUCACGUGUGACAAGGCGUUGGUGUGGACUUGGGAUGGCAUGGCGGUGGGGGGGGUUGGGGCGAAGAGUGAAGGGUCGCUGGUGCCUGGGACUGUGCUGCUGCACGUGGUGAACAGCUUGCUUCGGCACUCUGCUGUCAUGGUUCAGCCUCUGGCCGCCCCCCCUGCCCCUGCUCCUGGUUUCUCCCGCACUGGCUCCAACUCAGCAGCGAGAGCAGCAGGAGGGGGAGGGGGAGUGGAGGGAGGGUUGUGGGUGGCAGUGGAGGGGGGAGCAGGGCAGCAACGGGCGGAGGAGGAGUCGGCAGUGGUGGCAGCAGCCAGGCGAGCAGCCGAGGUGCUGGCUGUGGACGCUGUGGGGUUCGUGCGGGUCAUGCGCACCGAGGCGGGGGAGGAUGAGGACGACGAGGAGGAGGAUGGUGAGGGCGGGGGAGUUGCCGGCCCUGGCAGUGCCAGUGGGGAAGGGAGGUUGAGAAUAGAUGUCAGUGACGGAGAUGGGCAAGCAGCAGGCACCGGGGGACUCGCACAGAAGAAGCAGCGGCGGCGACGGCAGGGCGAGUGGGUGGCACACAGCGUGGAGUUCGGCAUUCCUCUGUUCGACACGCAGCUGUGCUGCCAGGUGUGCGACGCCGUGGUCUCUCACAGCAUGCUCACCCCUCCUCAGCUCGCCUCGCAGCGCCGCUCCACUCUCUCUCUGCGCGCCUCCCUGCGGGAGUUCAUCUGUGACUAUCGCCAGCACGGCCCUGUCUCCCGGGCCGUCUACAACGGCAAUGUGGCCCUCCUGCGCUCUACCUCCCGCCGUUGGUCCGCUUCUUUUGCCACCUCCGCUGCUGCUGCCUCUCCGUUCUCCGUGCUCCUGCCGAGACGGACCGUGAGGCAUGUGCCCCCGUCGCCGUCGGGGAGGGCAGCAGGGGAGAGGAGUGUGGGGCGGGGAGGAGGGAGGAGGGGGGAGAUUGGGGGGGUGAUAGCAGCAGCAGUGGCAGCAGUGGAUGCGGAGAAGGGAGGGGGGAGGAGAGUGGGGGACAGGAGGGGGAGGAUGGGGCAGAAGCACCGGCUGAGCCGAAACUUUUCAGAGUUUUGGUACCUGCCGGAAAACCAAGCGCCCAGCUUUGCUGCCACACAAGACGAUCCUCAGGACCCCUAUGCGCAAUCAAAUCGUGAUCCAAGCUUCACAUCAGAGGAGGAAGAGGACGAUCUCUCCCGUCCGGCGUACCCCGGAGUGAACAUGAUAUUUGACGGCCACCUGCUGUUGCCCAUCGAUCUCUCAACCUAUCUGCACGGGCGCCAAGCAUCGGUUCUUGUGGCCCGUGCAACCUCCAUGUCCCAGCAGUCCAUCAUGUGGUGA